GGGGUGCGUGGUGGUGCCGGGGUUGGCUCCAUGACCAAGAUCUAUGGAGGACGGCAGAGAAACGGUGUCAGGCCCAGCCACUUCAGCAGAGGCUCCAAGAGUGUGGCCCACCGCGUUCUCCAAGCCCUGGAGGGACUGAAAAUGGUGGAAAAGGACCAGGACGGGGGCUGCAAGCUAACACCUCAGGGACAGAGAGAUCUGGACAGGAUUGCCGGACAGGUGGCAGCUGCCAACAAGAAGCAUUAGGACAAAGGAUGCUGGGUUAAUAAAUUGCCUCAUUCAUAAAAA